CUCCUCUUCUGUGCCUCUGCUUUUCUGUCCAGCGAGCGCAAAAAAUGUUCCACUACACAUCUUGGUUGUCAAAAUCAUGGAUCUAAUGAGUCUGACUGCUCGGGACCUUUCCAACAAGUGUCUUGAAGCCUUUCAAACAUGCUUGACUUUUCGCUCUCCCGACCCCGAUUCGUCCAAUCAGCGCGCAUCUUAUGAUGAGCGAUUUGAGUAUCGCUUGGCAGACUUUAAUCUAUGGAUCGACGGUAUCGGCGCCUUGGCCCCUUCAAAAGCUUCACUAGAUGCGAGGUUGAGUGAGCGACCGAUUGACCUUUCUCUGGUCAAAGGAAACCUUGUUAUGCUGUUUCAGUCGCUCGAAGACUGUUUGAAUCUGCUCAAUGACAAUGGAACCCUCGAAGACCCUUUGCUUGAUGUUGACUCGGCCUUGGAAAGUCUCGUAACUUUGUCCCUAGCUAUUCGUAGGACAGGGCGUCGGUCGCGGCUUCACAAAGCAGAUCGCCUUUUCAAACCGGAAGAACAUGCUGAGUUGAGGAAACACUUGGAAGCCAUUAUUGUUCUACGUCCUGGGUCUGGCCCAUGCUUUAGAGAUGAUGAGUUUCGAACCAAGAUCGAGUCGCUGACACCACUGCAAAACCAUCUUAUCACGGCCAACUUGAAGCGGAGAAAUCGUUUCAUACAGGCUCAGCUACACUCUUUGGGUUUGAAGAAAAGGACUGUUGCCUUCGAGUUGCCGACCCUCGAAGCCGUGGAAAAAGGUUCCAACCCAACCCCAAUUUCAACGAGUGAAUCAGAAGAGAUUUCUGUCCCCGUUGUCUCCGAUACUGACGCUCAACCUCACAAACCGCUGCCAGCACCCAUGUCAGUCACCUCAGCUUCGGUCCCCGAAAGUAAGCUCGAAUACAGAGAGCCCAUGUCCAAGAGAACAGAGUCUACACCAAUGACCGUCAUUACUCAGAUCACUGCGUCUGCUCGAUACCCGCGUCCGCGAGUAUAUGAUAACGAGCAAAGGGUUGUUCAGUGUCCGUGCUGCUGUCAGACCUUGCCAUUAGCAGAGGCUAAAAACAACAACCGAUGGAGAAAGCAUCUAGCAGAAGACAUACGCCCGUAUACCUGCAUAUUUGACAGCUGUCCUACACCAGACGUGUACUACAGCAGUAGGUCGAUGUUAGAACAGCAUUUUCGACAGGAUCAUCCACCAGUUUGGGUAUGUCCUUUGUGUGACGAAGGGUCAGUUUAUCCGACCUUGAGUGAAAUGAUGGAUCACAUUCAUAAGGCCCAUCCGGACAACGGGGAGGACAUCUCAUCGAUUAUCUCAUCGUCUGCCCAGACUAGAAUGGGCAUAAAGAGCUGUCCCCUCUGUGAAAUUAACGGUCGACCCGACUCUCUAGAACUCAUAGAUCACGUCCUGGAGCACGUUCACGACUUCUCACUCCGGUCUCUUCCAUGGCCCAGAUCCUCAGAGGUUGAUAUGGGCGGUGAAGUCGGGUAUUUCAACCUAGAACGCGGCGAGCCUGCUGCUAUCACCGAGUGGUUGGAUGCUUAUGAACAUGAGAUGGAGAAUAUUGACCCUACAUUGAAGUUAACCACCUGCGACUAUGGAAGAUUGGCUAUCAUAACCGAGCAGAUGAGCUCUGAUGGAAAGGAUAAGCUCGGCCUUGAUAUCGGCUUUGCUGACGAGCACGACGGUGAAUCUGCUGAGGCCGAGACUGAUAUUUCGCAGCUUACACAAGAGACUCUUGAAUCGGUGAAACAGGCCCGUGAUGUGGUCUUUUGCCAUCAAUGCGAGGCUAGAUGGUAUAGAGAUGUAGAUGGAAUGCAGUGUCCCAAAUGUCAAAGCGAGUUUGUCGAAAUUAUUGAUCCAGACAGUAGCUCUGAGAGUUCGGAUCUUCUCGGAACUGUUAUGAGGCCUGGCCUCGCUACGGUAGAUAGUCGUAGUAGAUACAGUGAAGACAGCAGGCAUUCAAGCGACGCCACAGGCUCCAAACCAAACACUCGGGAGUCUACCUCCGGCUUUCGAAGGCUCACUAAGCGCUUCUUCUCCCGCAAAAAGGCCGAUAACACUGAACCGCAGAAGCACAUAUCAGAAGCCACUAACAACUUGAUCCGAUUUCUCGGUUUGGACGAAAAGUCUGUAGCGAACCAGAAGGCCUGGAAGAUCCUGAUCAGCAUUUACCAUAGGCGGUUAGAGUCACCUACGAACACACAGUCUAUGUUUGCAAAUUUCAUCAGAGAUGUUCAAAAUGAAGACAUCCCGGAAGACUGUCAACCAGUAUCUGAUUCACAUGGCUUCUUAGUAGCUAUGGCCAGCUUCUAUUUGAAUCCUUUGAAACAUCUACCGCCGAAGGACCUUACGAAACCUAUAUCAAACUACUUUAUCAACAGCAGCCAUCGGACUCUCAUAAAUACCUUGAUAGAUUCUCGCAACGCUGGUGAUACAAUAAAAGUAGCCCUCUAUCUUGGGUAUCGAUCAAUUGAUCUGGAUGUCUGGAAUGGUACUACUGAUACAGAGCAGCGAGGCUCUCAAGUAGAACAGCCGCGCGAAUCCAAACCUGCGCAGACUGUGAAGACAUUCAAUAGGCUUUUAGGUCUUAACAGAGAAAGCAAUGCACCAAAGCCUGUGGAUCUGAAGACCGGCGUUUCCCAAUGGGGUCAUAUGAAUUCCCCUGCAGAACCAAUCGUCACAGAUGGCUAUACUCUUAUGACGCCCUGCGGCUUCAGGAAAGCCUGUCAAUUGAUCAGAGACUUUGCCUUUGUCGGGACUGAUGUGCCUCUGAUCGUCAAUCUCGAGGUCCACGCAGACUCUAGACAGCAAGAGUUGAUGGUCAAGAUCAUGACCGAAGAGUGGCACGAUAUUCUGCUUGAUAGGCCACUUGAGGCCUGCGACCCACGAUUUCAGCUACCAACGCUCAAAGACCUCCAAGGUCGGAUUCUUAUAAGACUCGGAAGCUUUACAAGUAAUUUUGAUCGCAGUAAUGAUAAAGCCGACGACGGUCUGCCGGGCGAGAGUGAUCACAAGAGAGCGCGAGUUGCCAUCAUACAGCCGCUGGCUGAGCUAGAAGUUUACAUGCGACGCGAGCGAUUUGAGAAUUUCGAUACUCCGCGGACAAAGUCCCCUACUCACCUCUUCUCCAUGCAGGAAGGCAAGGUGCAGGACCUCAUUUCAACAUCUGCCACCGAGCUUUUCAGACACAACCAACGCUACUUUUUUCGUGUCUAUCCGAGCCUAGCGAGACAAGGUACUUCAAACCUUGAUCCCUUACGCUUUUGGAGAUACGGCAUUCAAAUGGCUGGAAUCGUCAGUCAUAACGUCGAUGAGGGCAUGAUGUUGAAUGAAGGAAUGUUCGCUGAUGAGUCAGGGUGGGUUCUGAAACCCGACGGCUAUCGAAGCUCAAAAAAGGACACAUCAAACGACCUUGAAGCAGGUCCAAGGAAAAGCCUUGAUUUGUCUAUAUUCGCUUUCAAAGAUCAGGAGUUUAUGACCAGUACCGGCCGAGAAAUCAAGAACCUGGCGUCAUUCAUGAUAGUCUCGCUUCACAUUCAUGACGAGGAAAAGCCUCGCAUACCACGACAAGAACUAAACACCACAGAACAUGAAUCAGGGGCUUUGGGAUAUAACCUCAACUUCCUUGUUACAAGGACAGAGGCCACUAUUAUUCCGAAACUCUGCAUCCUCAGGUUGAUAUUUGUGGAAGGCUUAUCAAAAGACCAUCUCUUUGCGUGGGCCAGUCUAAGACUAGAUCGCUUGAAUCAGGGUUUUCGGCUAGUACAGCUUUACGACAGCAGAGGGCUGAAAUUGAUGCAACAGAGGAUACUUUUAAAGUUCAAAAUCAGAUGGAAGUAACAAAGGCACAUUCUAGAAGUCAGUUUGAAUUUGAACAAGAUCUUCAUUCUAGUACCUCUC